AUGGCAUUACCCCGAGUCUUCUUCGACAUGACCGCCGAUGGACAGCCCGUCGGACGCAUCAUUAUGGAGCUGCGAUCAGAUGUGGCCCCGAAGACGGCGGAGAACUUCCGGGCGUUGUGUACGGGAGAGAAGGGGUUCGGCUUCCAGGGGUCGACCUUCCAUCGGGUGAUCCCUAACUUCAUGUGUCAGGGCGGGGACUUCACCAAUCAUAACGGCACGGGAGGGAAGUCCAUCUAUGGCGCCAAGUUUGCCGACGAGAACUUCACUCUGAAGCACACCGGACCCGGCAUUCUCUCGAUGGCCAACGCAGGUCCCAACACCAAUGGCUCGCAGUUCUUCCUGACGACAGUGAAGACCUCAUGGCUGGACGGCAAGCACGUGGUGUUUGGAGCGGUGGUUGAGGGCAUGGAUAUCGUUAAGAAGAUCGAGUCCUACGGCUCCCAAAGCGGCAAAACGAGCAAAAAGAUUGCGGUCGACAAGUCCGGCCAACUCUAAGCCCAGACCACAUCCGUAUGAAUGAGCGCCUAUACCACUACCAAUCCAUUCACAAUCCAAUCCAUACUUCUAUCCGACGUCUAUAACGAUAUCUUUUAACUGAUUAUUGCUUCUCGUGUUGCGGACCAUCAGAAUCAUGGCUGAAGUGGUGAACCAAUUGAAUUGAUUUGUGAUUUUG